AUGUCUACAAAUAUAACUCAUCAACCUUCACAUAUUACUCAUAAUCAGCGUUCAGUUAGUAACAAGUCUUGGUUCCACGGUUGUACGGUGUGGUUUACAGGUCUCAGUGGAGCUGGCAAAACGACUUUGGCAUUUGCUCUAGAACAUCAUCUGGUUAAUCGAGGCAUAUCAGCUUAUGUAUUAGACGGAGAUAAUAUUCGCUCUGGUUUAAAUAAAAAUUUAGGAUUCAGUGAUGAAGAUCGUGUGGAAAAUAUCCGACGUGUCAGUGAAGUAGCUAGGUUAUUUGCUGAUGCAAAUAAUAUUUGUCUAACUAGUUUCAUUAGCCCGUUUGAAAGUGAUAGAAAUGCAGCUCGCAUGUUGCACUCUCAAAACAAUCUACCAUUCUUUGAAGUUUUUCUAGCUACCCCAAUUGAAGUAUGUGAACGACGUGAUGUAAAAGGGUUAUAUAAACGUGCACGUGCUGGUGAAAUAAAAAAUUUUACUGGUAUCUCUGCAAUUUAUGAAAAUCCAACAAAUCCUGAUUUAAUUUUAAAUACUGAAUUGUAUUCUGUUCAAGAGUGUGUAUCUAAAUGUGUACAAAUGUUAGCUACAUCUGGACUAGUGCCUAACUGUGAUGAAGUAAAUCCAUUUGGUGGUCCUAUGCCCAAAGAAUUAUAUGUGACUGAUCCUCUGGAAGUUCAAAAAUUAAAGGCACAAUGUUUAAGUCUACCUCAUUUAGAAAUUACAGAAUUGGAUCUUCAGUGGAUACAAACACUAGCUGAAGGUUGGGCUACACCAUUAAAUGGUUUUAUGCGUGAAAAUGAAUAUUUGCAAGUUCUCUAUUUUGGUCAAUUACAAGUAUCAGACUUGAUUACAAAUUUCUCGAUUCCAAUUGUAUUAGCUAUAUCAAAUGAGGAUAAAGAAAGAUUUCAUGGGAAUGGUUCAUCGAUAGCUUUCGUAUAUAAAAGUAAUAUAAUUGGAAUGUUACAAAAUUGUGAAUUUUUCCCUCAUCGUAAAGAAGAACGAUGUUGUCACAUAUUUGGAACUAAUCAUAUAAAUCAUCCAAGUAUAGAAAUGAUUAUGUCAUCUGGUGAUUGGUUAGUUGGCGGUGAUUUAAAAGUAUUCGAAAGAAUCAAAUGGAAUGAUGGUUUAGAUCGGUAUCGUUUAAUGCCAAAAGAAUUACAUAGUGAAUUAGUAAAAAUGAAGGCUGACUGUGUCUUUGCCUUUCAACUGAGAAAUCCUAUACAUAACGGUCAUGCAUUAUUAAUGACUGAAACUAGACAACAAUUAUUAGAAAAACAUGGAUAUCAUAAUCCUGUGUUAUUACUUCAUCCACUUGGAGGUUGGACAAAGUCAGAUGAUGUUCCACUCAAUGUACGUAUAGCUCAACAUGAAGCUUGUUUAGAUGAAGGUGUUCUUGAUCGUGAUACAACUUUAUUGGCAAUAUUUCCUUCACCAAUGUUAUACGCCGGACCACGUGAAGUUCAAUGGCAUGCUCGUACACGAAUGUUAGCCGGUGCUCAGUAUUAUAUAGUUGGACGAGAUCCAGCGGGUUUACCUCAUCCUAAUGGAACAGGUGUUGAUUUAUAUGAUCCAUCUCAUGGUGCUAAGGUAUUAUCUAUGGCUCCUGGUUUAUCCAACUUGAGAAUUAUUCCAUUUCGUGUUGCUGCCUAUGACAAGACAAUCAACAAAAUGUCAUUUUUCGAUUCAAAACGUUCAUCAGAUUUUCUAUUUAUUUCUGGUACUAAAAUGCGUACAUUAGCUCGUGAAGGCGUGGACCCACCUAAUGGAUUUAUGGCCGAGAAAGCAUGGAAGGUUUUGUCAAAUUAUUAUUGUCAAUUAAAUAAAUCCGUUUAA